AUGGAAGACACUUUAGUUUACUUGGAUAUUUCAAUCGGUGAAGAUAGAAUUGGUAGAAUCGUUUGCCAAUUAUUUGAUGAAAAGGCACCAAAAGCUGUUAAAAACUUUAUUAGCUUGUGUACUGGUGAUGUUACUGUCGAUGGUGUGGGUGAGCUAACCCUUAAGGGUAAUAUUUACCAUAGAAUUAUUAGAAAUUUUAUGAUUCAAUGUGGUGAUAUCAUUUAUGGUAACGGUAAAUUUGAAAAAUCUUCGCAGAUUGGUACUGGUGGUUGUUCUAUUUAUGCUACUGAACAAGAACUAGGUUCUGAUGAAAACCAGCUGAAAUGUUAUGGUUUGUUUGAAGAUGAAAAUAUGGGAGAAUUUACUGAACCAUUCCUUCUAGCAAUGGCAAACACUGGUAAUCCAAAUUCCAACAGUUCGCAAUUUUUUAUUACUGUGGCCCCACAACCUCAUUUAAAUGGGAAACAUACAAUAUUUGGUAAGGUUUUGUAUGGUAAGCAUGUUGUUCGUACAAUUGAAAAUUCACCGGUUGAUUCAGAUGGUUUCCCAUCUUCUUGCGUUAAAAUCGAUGACUGUGGUAUUUGGAAUGAUUCAAUGGAUGUUCCAUUAUAUAACGCUUGUAAUAACACUAUUGGGGGUGAUAUUUAUGAAGAAGACCCUAAUGACGACAUUAAUUUCGACCCAGAGGAUUCUUCAAAGGCAUACGAAGCUACAAAUACCAUUAAAGAAUCUGGAACUUUAUUAUUCAAACAGAAGGACUACCAGAAUGCUUUAUUAAAAUAUAAGAAAUCUCUAAAAUAUGUUAAUGAAUUUAUACCUGAAAUGGAGGUUAAUAAAGAUAAUUGUAUUCUCUUCACUGUAUUGAAAAUGAAAUUAUAUUUGAAUAUAUCUUUGGUGUACUUUAAUUUGAAAGAUAAUGAUAACUGCAUUACUUAUACAACUUACUUACUAGAUAUGGAGAAUGUGCCUGAUUUAGAUCAAGCAAAGGCAUAUUAUAGAAGGGGAAAUGCAUAUUUUGCUAAAAAAAGACUGGAAGAGGCUUUAAAUGAUUAUAAAAACUGUCAAUUGAAAAAUCCUUCUGACAAGGUUAUUAAUGAUAAGAUAGACCUAGUAGAAUCGCAGAUUGAAGCCCAAAAGGAGAAAACUAAAAAGAAUAUUGCAAAAUUCUUCAGUUAA